GGUGGAGGCCGCGCCCGGAGGGGAGGAGUCGGGGCCGGCCCAGCGGCUGGGCUCGGCCGGGCUACACAAGGCCCCCCAGGACUGAGUUUCCUCUGCCUCACGUCCUAGGGCUGAACCCCUUUUCUGACUGACCCCGCUUUGCGAGCAAACGCCAGCUCCGUGACGUCACAGCCCUGCCCAUCCCCUCAGCCUCAUGUCACCUGGAGUCCCCCUCCCCGCUUCACUUCGUGCUCCUCUAGUGUCCUGUUCACCUGGUCCCCGGCUGAGCUCUGGCGGUACUGCACAGGAACCUGCCAGACUAGAAGACUUGCUUUGGGAAACUCCUAGGACUUUUCGCAAACUCUGGGGUGUUUCGAAGCGUCAUAAUCACCGCCCCCAAGUCUAAUCUGCCAUCCCACUGCACUGUCAGUCGCUGCCCUUGCACGGCUCCCUAUUCGGAGUUCUUAACGCCAACCCUAGACCAGGCUACGAUCCACGCAUCCUCCUUCAUCUUGGGGCAGGACGCCCCUCACCCUUUGUUCACUCAGAACUGGUUUUUUUUCAACUCAUCCUCCUAGGCUCUCCAAAUUUGUUCUGUUCCUUAUUAUACUCUUCUUACUGAUAGCCUCUGCCUUUGACAGAACCCAGCAGUGAUGUGGAGGUGGAGACCCACAGGAGCCCCGGACUUCACCUGAGCUACCUCAGCAGUCACCAAGGGUGGCAAGAAAAGGAAGAAAGCCCUGAGUUGGGGGGGACCAGGAUGCCUGACCGGGACAGCUAUGCCAACGGCACUGGGAGCAGCGGUGGAGGCCCUGGAGGCGGUGGCAGCGAGGAGGCCAGUGGGACAGGGGCAGGCAGUGGCGGGGCCAGCUCAGAUGCCAUCUGUAGAGACUUCCUGAGGAAUGUGUGCAAGAGAGGCAAGCGUUGCCGCUAUCGCCAUCCAGACAUGAGUGAGGUGUCCAACUUGGGGGUGAGCAAAAAUGAGUUCAUCUUCUGCCAUGACUUCCAGAACAAGGAGUGCAGCCGUCCAAACUGCCGAUUCAUCCAUGGCUCCAAGGAGGAUGAGGAUGGCUAUAAAAAGACAGGAGAGCUUCCCCCUCGGCUGAGACAGAAAGUGGCAGCCGGCCUGGGUCUUUCACCAGCUGACCUACCAAAUGGCAAGGAGGAGGUCCCUAUCUGCCGCGACUUUCUCAAGGGUGAUUGCCAGAGAGGAGCCAAGUGCAAGUUCCGUCACCUGCAACGGGAUUUUGAGUUUGAUGCUCGGGGUGGAGGAGGCGCUGGUGGUGGGGGCUCAGCAGGCCCAGUUCCCCCAGGACGACGUCAUGAUCUCUAUGAUAUCUACGACCUCCCUGACAGGGGCUUUGAGGACCAUGAGCCAGGCCCCAAGCGCCGGCGAGGUGGAUGCUGCCCCCCAGAUGGCCCCCAUUUUGAAUCAUAUGAAUACAGCCUGGCUCCACCCCGAGGGGUGGAAUGCAGACUGCUAGAGGAGGAGAAUGCCAUGCUCAGGAAGCGGGUAGAGGAGCUUAAGAAGCAGGUCAGCAACCUGCUGGCCACCAACGAGGUACUGCUGGAACAGAAUGCCCAGUUCCGCAAUCAGGCCAAGGUCAUGACCCUGAGCUCUACUGCACCAGCGACUGAGCAGACUCUGGCCCCCACCGUGGGCACUGUUGCCACUUUUAACCACGGCAUUGCCCAGACUCACACUACUCUCAGCAGCCAGGCUCUGCAGCCUCGCCCCGUGUCCCAGCAAGAACUGGUGGCCCCUGCUGGAGCUCCAGCUGCUCCUCCAACUAAUGCCGCACCUCCUGCUGCUCCCCCACCCCCACCCCCACACUUGAACCCAGAGAUCACGCCAUUGUCAGCUGCUCUGGCUCAAACAAUUGCCCAGGGAAUGGCACCCCCACCUGUCUCCAUGGCUCCUGUGGCUGUAUCUGUGGCUCCUGUGGCCCCUGUGGCUGUGUCGAUGGCCCAACCCUUGGCAGGAAUCACAAUGAGCCACACCACCACUCCCAUGGUGACUUACCCCAUCGCUUCCCAGAGCAUGCGUAUCACAGCCAUGCCACACUGAUGGGGCUAAUGGACACUCCCCUGGUAUAGCCUCCCAGGGCUGGGGUCGAGGGGCCCGUACCCACUCGCCUAGCCCUCCCCGGCCCUGUCCGAAGGGCUCAUUCGCGAACUAGGACAAGAGACUACAAGGAGAUUGCUUCUGAGAAGGGGUUGGGUUGGUGUGUUUUCUCUCACCUCCCUUUGACGAGGGUCCUCUUUUCCCAUCUUCCUUCAAGCCUCACAGAGGGGGCUUGCAUAGGAGUGCAGACUGAAGGCAUCAGAGGAAGGACUGGCUGAGGGGCUGUCCUCUGAUGGGAAUUUGGGGACAUACUUGGUCUUGUCCUCUCCCGCACAGCACAGGUUCCAGCACUGGCUUUGGAAGAAAAAAAUACCCUGUCCAGAGGGAAAGCCAGGAAAGAAUGGGAAGUGGGUGGCCAGGAGAGAAGGCCUGAUAGGAGCCCUCAGACAGUUUGGGGCCUAGUUGAGCUGCUCCUGGGCCCGUGGGGAAGGCAGGGACCACAGUACUCCAGCCCAAAGACUAGGGGAGCAUUCAUUACCUUGGCUUGGCCUGGAAAUCCGUAGGGCAGGGCCCACCACGUUCCAAAGAAAUAAAAACAAAAUUAUUUUUAACAAA